GAUUACUUUUGUGUGUUGUGUUUUAUUGAAAAUAUUGUCUUGUAUUCAAAACAAUAUUAAACAUUUCUUGUUAAAAUUUAAUUAAAAUUCAUUUACUUUGUUUUUCUUUUUAGAAAUUUUAAUCAUAAAUGAGGUUAUAAUUUAUACUUCGUAUGUAAUUAACGGCCUUAAUGUAAUUAAUAUAUUAAUACCAAGCCAGCAGAGUGAACUAGCGAUCACAAAAAUGUAUCAUGUGUUAAUUGAAAAUUUUAGAGUCUUAAAAUAUAUAAAAGAAUAUUAUUUUAUUAGUUGACAAAUGACGUAUUGUUAACUUAAUAUCUGAUUACUUUUUAUGAUUAAAUUAAUAUCUUAUUGAAAAAAGUGUUCAAAGAUAAGUCUUUUUAAUAAGUUUAUCAUUGCAAAACUAAGCAUUUUUAUAAAUAAUGAUUUUAGUUAUUUUUUUACGUUUACUUUUCCAUUUAUUAUCACCCAUCUACAAACAAAUAAACAGUUAAUUUACUAUAUAACAUAUUAUGUGAAUAUGUUGCUUUAGGAGUUAAAUUUUUUAUCUUAUAAAAUAAAUUUUAUUAAUCAUUAUAAAAAAAUAUUUUCUUGAUAACCGUGUAAAAAUUUAAUUGUAAAAUCCUCAGAUAAAUGAUCAAUAUUCAAAAUGUUAUGUUCCUCAGCUCGAAUGAGACAAAAUUUUUAUCUUAUUUUUGGUAUUACAAUUGGUUUAAUUUUUAGUCUUAUUGUUGGACCAUUGUUUGAAGCAAGUUGCUUAUUUACUGUGUCAAUUCUUAAGAGUAAUUCUAUCUCUAUUAUCAAUGAUGAAUAUGAGCCUCGUAUUAAUCUAGCUGGCAAACCUCAACGAGCCCAAAAAGCUCCACAAACUUUAUUACGACCAAGAUAUUAUUCAACUGAACUAGGGAUUCGAGAAAAGUUAUUUAUUGGUGUCCUGGCUAGUCAGACUACUGUUGAUGGAUUAGCAGUUGCUGUUAACAAAACUGUGACUCAUUGGGUUGAUAAAAUUGUUUUUUUUGUUGAUGCAACAGCUGAACACAAGAUCAAUGUCUCUCGUAUGAAAAUACCUAGUAUAGUUGGUUUUACUGAUAGUAGGACUGUUCUAAAGCCUUUUCAUAUGAUUAAAUAUAUUGUUGAUAACUAUUUGGAUGAAUAUGAUUUCUUCAUGUUGAUGAGGGAUAAUACUUAUUUAAAAGCUGAUAAAUUAAUGGAUUUGGUAAAGCAUGUUAGUGUUAGUGAAGAUGUUUAUGCCAGUGGAACUGUUAUUGGUACUAAUUAUUGCUCAUUAGAUGCUGGAAUUCUCUUAAGUAACUCGGUAAUUCAUAAAUUGAUACCUAAUGUUGAUUGGUGUGUAAAAAAUGCAUAUUCAAAUUCUGAUGAUGACAAUUUUGGACGAUGUGUUCUACAUACAUUAAAUUUGCCCUGUCAAACAUCAAUUCAGAACCAUGUUGUAAAUAGCUACCAUUUAUGGGAAGCAAGUGAUUUGAAACGCAUAAUUGAUCAACCUGACCAACAAAGAAGUUUUGAACAAGCACUGACUAUUUAUCCUAUGUUGAAUGCAGACGAUAUGUACAAAAUCCAUUUAGCUUUUUGUAAAAUGCAUUUAGAUAAAGCUAAUAUAAAUAUUAAAGAAUUAAGAAAAUCUAUUGUUACUGAAUCAAUUUUAGAACCUCCAGGUUUUGGAAAGGUGUCAUGGCCAGUAGGGAGUCAACCUGGAAAUACACCAAUCUCACGUUUUGAUGUAUUAAAAUGGGAUUAUUUCUCCGAAACACAUUUAUAUUUGGACUCUAGACUCAGUAACGUUAGAUUGUUGAACAAAGCUGAAUAUAGUGAUAUACAAAAUGUUUUGAAUACUAGUAUUGAGCAUUUAGUUAUAAAAUAUUCAGGCAAAUUAAGAUUUGAUCAAAUGGUCAAUGGAUAUAAAAAAUUUGAUCCUUCUAGAGGGUUAGAUUAUAUAUUAGAUUUGAAUUUUUGGGAUUUAUUAGAAAAUAAAUUAGUACAAAAACGAGUUGAAAUUAGCAAAACUCUAGGUAAAGUUGAAAUGUUACCUGUUCCAUAUGUUACAGAAAACACACGUAUUCAUAUUCUUUUACCAGUACAUUCAUAUGAAAAAGAUGAUGCAUUUCAGUUUUUGAAACAGUAUAAACAAGUUUGUGUGGAUAAAAAAGAAAAAACUAUGUUAAUGUUUGUUUUGUUAUAUGAUUCUAAUUCACCUGGAAAGGGAACAGCUGAUGAUGUUUUUAAAAUAUUAAAAGAUGAAGCCACUUUGUUAAGCAAUGCUCAUAAGAAAGAUGGUACAAAAGUGGCAUGGCUUUCGGUAAGAGUACCUAAUACAAAAAUGGUUGUUCUCAAAGAUGCAUUAUUAGACUUUGCAGUAAUUGAUUUAGCUAUUAAAAAGUUUCCGAGUGAUGCACUUAUGAUGUUAGCACGGCCAAAAAUGGAAAUCAGACAAGAUUACCUAAACAGAGUAAGAAUGAAUACAAUAAUGGAAUGGCAGAUUUUUAGUCCUAUACCAUUUUCUGAGUAUGAUCCUACUAUCAUGACCCAACCAAGAUUAUUAAUGAACUUAGAUAUCAAUAAAAUGUAUGGCCAUUUUGAUCCAUUAAAUUAUGAACAUUUAUCUUUUUAUGCCAAAGAUUAUGUUACUGCCCGUAAGCGUGCUGAAUCAAUAGUUCCAAUAGUCCGUGUUGAUCGUGACAUUCACCGUUUAGUAUCAGAAUUCACCAGUCAAUCUUUUAUGUCUGUUAAUAUUACUUCUCCUUCAGUGUUUGCUAUGUUUGUUUUAUACAGCGAGUGUCAUAUGUUUAGAGCUGUGGAAUCAGGAUUACGUUUAAGAAAUAAACAAAAACUAUGUGAAUUAUAUGAAAAUUCUAUUGUAGAUCAUGUGAGUGCUACAUUGUAUGGAGAUUGUUUAAGAUCUAGAAAUCGCAAUUCUGGUUCCAAAGGAAAUUUAGCCAAACUAGUAUUAGAUUUUCAAAAUGAAACAUAAUGUAACAGUUUAUUAAAGUUAAUUAUAAAAAAAUGUUUCUUUUAUUUUGUUAACAUUGUUAAUUGUAUUUUUCUAUUCACUAAUACUUUAAAAAAUAAAACUUUAUUAAAGUAUAUAAACUGAUAUAUGCAAAUUGUUGAUGUUAAGAAUAUAUAUGUCAUAAAAUAUAAGAUUUUAAUUAUUAA